AUGUUAUUGGAUCAACCCUGCAGGGACAAAGCAGCAGGCUGUGGAUGGAUCCUCCAUAUCCCGUGGCUAGAGGAAGAAAUCAGGGGAUCAUCCCUUGAAGUUCACGUUGCAUCACCUCUAAUGGCGGAAGCACUAGCUGUCCGAGAAGCUCUCCAACAAGCUAAGCUCCUCCAUAUACCAAAUAUCUGCCUCAAAUCAGAUAACCAAGUGCUUGUCAAAGCACUCAUCUCGAAGCAACAUCCGGUGGAGCUCUACGGAAUCAACUUGGAUAUCGAGAACCUAUCUUCUUGUUUUUCUUCUGUAUCGUUUUCUUAUGUUUCUAGGAACUUGAACUCUGCUGCAGACUCACUUGCUAAAGCUGCAUUGUACCAAAGCAUGUAG